CCACUACAGCAGUCCUCCUCAGUCCUCAGUCCUCUGCCAGCCUCACACCGGGCACCUACCACAGCAGUCCUCCUCAGCAGUGCGCACAGUCCUCUGCCAGCCUCACACCGGGCACCUACCACAGCAGUCCUCCUCAGCAGUGCACAGUCCUCUGCCAGCCUCACACCGGGCACCCACCACAGCAGUCCUCCUCAGCAGUGCGCACAGUCCUCUGCCAGCCUCACACCGGGCACCCACCUCAGCAGUCAUGGAGCCCGGCGCUGGCACUAUGUGAGGGAGGACUGUGCCCAGCAGCCCUCUGUACCUGCAGCAGCACCUCCCCCCUCCUCCACCUUUAUAACGGAUGAAUUCUCCUCAGUGUGAAGCCUCUGACUCCCAGCAGCCAUUCCACACAUCGCACUGCCUGAGAGGCACAUGAAGUUGGCAGUGCCCAUGCAGAGGCGGGUCUGAGCAGCAGGGAUGUGACACCCAUCAUCACCCAGGACAAUGCUACCCCUCUGCUAACACUCCUCAGCACCCACUACACUCCGGGGAAGACAGGAUGGGAGACUUAUCCAGAGACCCCUGCACCCUCCUAUGACUGGGUGGGGGCACUGCACCAACCUGCUCUGUGGAGUCCAACUUGCAGAAAACUCUUUGCCAGGUGUAAAUAGUAACUAGGAAGUACCCAACCGAAAGCUGACCUGAGACGCCACCAUGAAUAACACUAGCUAUACCAACGCCACAGACAACAGGACCCUGAUGGGGAGUCCCUACAAGACUGUGGAGGUUGUGUUCAUUGUCCUUGUAGCUGGAUCCCUUAGCCUGGUGACCGUUAUUGGAAAUAUCCUGGUAAUGGUCUCCAUAAAAGUCAAUCGGCAUCUACAGACAGUCAACAACUAUUUCCUGUUCAGCUUGGCAUGUGCUGAUUUAAUUAUUGGGGUAUUCUCCAUGAAUCUCUAUACAUUGUACACUGUGAUUGGUUAUUGGCCACUAGGGCCCGUGGUUUGUGACCUGUACCUGGCUCUGGACUAUGUUGUCAGCAACGCCUCGGUCAUGAACCUCCUCAUCAUCAGCUUUGACCGAUAUUUCUGCGUAACAAAACCACUAACCUAUCCGGUGAGAAGAACCACCAAAAUGGCUGGCAUGAUGAUUGCUGCAGCUUGGGUGUUGUCCUUCAUCCUUUGGGCACCCGCCAUACUCUUUUGGCAAUUCAUUGUCGGCUUGCGAACUGUUAAAGAAGGAGAAUGCUACAUUCAGUUCUUCUCCAAUCCUGCCGUCACAUUCGGCACCGCUAUUGCAGCGUUCUACUUGCCAGUCAUCAUUAUGACCAUAUUGUAUUGGCAAAUAUCUCGUGCCAGUAAGAGUAGAAUAAAGAAAGGCAAGAAGGAACCAACCACCAAUCAAGAUCCCAUAUCUCCAAGCAACGUCCAAGGAAAAAUAGUCAAACCAAACAAUAACAACCUAUCGGCAGUGGAAGAUGGCUUGGAUCACAGCAAAAUCCAGAAUGGGAAAGCCUCUAGGAAUUCUGUCACGGAAAACUGUGUCCAAACGGAAGGGGAGGAGAAAGAGAUCUCCAACGACUCCACAUCCGUCAGCGUGGUAGGUUCCAAUGCAAAGGAAGAUGGAAGUGCCAAAGAUGCUCCUCAGGCUUCGGGAUCUCAAGUCAUGCCAAAAGUUGAGAACUCCAAGCUGGCAUGUAUAAGAAUAGUUACGAAGUCCCAAAAGGGCGAUUGCGGGUCUACAAGUGGCACCACCAUAGAGAUCGUCCCCGGAACAAAUGGCCGUAACGGAGAGGAUAAGCAGAACGUCGUAGCCCGAAAAAUUGUCAAAAUGACAAAACAGCCGGCCAAAAAGAAAAUCCCACCCUCCAGAGAAAAGAAGGUGACGAGGACUAUCUUGGCUAUACUCCUAGCGUUCAUAAUAACCUGGACCCCUUAUAAUGUCAUGGUUUUAAUCAACACUUUUUGUGACAUAUGUGUGCCCAACACCGUGUGGACAAUUGGCUAUUGGCUUUGCUAUAUCAACAGUACCAUCAACCCAGCUUGCUAUGCCCUCUGUAACACAACUUUUAAGAAAACUUUCAAACACCUUCUAAUGUGUCAAUACAAAAACAUUGGCUCUGCAAGGUAAAAGAAGAAAAACACGCAAAAAAAAAAGGUGGAGAUGCCAUUGAAAAUGUAUGCCAUAGCACUUUACACUCGAUUAUGGAAUGUGCAAUCUAGGAUUCUUAUUCUGGCACAGACCCGUGGAUCAUGUCCACCCACUGCACUUAUAUAUAUUCUCGGACCUUGUAUUGUCUGUGUAGGUGGACCAGGCUUGGGCUCUUUGAUUAUAUAAAAAAAUAAUAAUAAUAAUAAUGAAACACAAAAAUAGCAAAAACUUCAAAGGGCUUUUGGAGUCCACUUAUUUUCCACAUCUGUAUUAUUGACAUGCAUAUUUUUAUGGGAUUCGAGGUCUGCAGGAGGUCCCUUCUACAGGCAAAAGUUUCCAGAUCUCACCAUAUCUGACUGAACAAAGAAAAAAUCACUUUAUAAAACUUAACCCUUUGACUUUUUUUGUGGUAUGACAUCUAAGACUUCGGAAAUGCUGAGACACCUCAAGUUCUACACAGAGUUUUCACUUUUAUCCAAGCGUUAAAACUGGCUCUUCUGUGCCUCUGUGUCUAUAGUGACUGUUUAAAUUUUUUUUAUGUAACUCAAGUUUUUGCCCUUUUUAGGGUCUAUGUUAGAGCUUCCUGAAAAAAAAUAAUAAUAAUAACUAGCCAAGCAAAUAAUAUACAUAAGAUAUAUAUAUAUAUAUAUAAUUUUUGUGUUCAUGGCACAGAUAAGCACCCUUAAGUACCCGAGCUGCUGCUGAUAUUCGUAUCCACGACGAUGUUCAGAAUCGGCUGGUCUACGUAAAGUCCGCAGUCCAUUCUUCAUAAAAAAACAAGUAAAAAAAUUGAUAUAUUCCAAUGUGAAAUGACUUACCCCCCCCCCCCCCCAUCCUCAUAUAUAUAUAUACCGAAUGGUCAUUGUAAAACAAAUUAUGGUUUCUGGAGAUUGUUACAUAGAUGAUAUAUAUUCGUAUAAGCAUGGGCAUAUCAAGCACUGUGUGUAGGAGGAUUUCUUUAAUUUUUAAUUUUAUUUAAAAAAAAAUAGCCAAUUUCUUUUCUUUUUUAAAUCUGCACAGCCGAUUGUAUUAAUUAUUUUUUUAGCUAAAAAAAAUAGUCAGCGACUAAUUGCCUUUUCAUGGUCAUUUCUAAUAUUUAAGUGCAUUAUCCUUUUGAAGGGACCCAUGAACUAUAAUCAGUACCGGCAGCCAUGUUUUAAGGUUAGCAGAUGUCGUCGAUGUACCCUAUAUAUAUUAUAUAUUAUAUAUAUAUAUAUAUAUAUAUAUAUAUAUAUAUAUAUAUAUACUGAAGAAUAAGGGUAAUAUUAUGGUGCUUGGUCAUGUAGGUUGAUGUGCACAUACCACAAACCAUUAGAGUAUUAUAAAAAGGGUCAGAAGACAGAUGCAAAGCCAUCCAAUAAAAAUAUAGGUAAUAUUUGGAAUGUCAUAAAAUGGGAUGUGUCCAUAAUGCCCCAGGCUAUGACCUUUAUCCUUAGGCAAAGCUGGGCCAACCAAUGUUUGGAUAAGAAUUUUUUUUUUGCCCACAUCCCUAGAAAACUGUGGCUUUCUGUCUAUUGGCGAACUACCAUAGAAAGUCAAUGGUUGUAGACCAGUUUAAUUUAAUGGGUCCACCCUAAGAUAACCAUGACCAUCACCAGUCAUCGACUGGGGUCUUAUAAUGUUUCGAAGUUGCCCAGGGGUCUCCAACUAUUACAGAACUAAGCAAUAGGGCAUAAUCAGGUGGGAAAGAUAUAGCGGUUGCACCCGGGCCAAUCACCCUCUCUGGAGGUCCUAAUAUAGAUUCUGGAUGUGAGACCAGUACCUCAAGUUGCACCCCACAUAUAGUUAUAGGGCCUUAGAAAAAAAACAGCACCAUAAACAGGUUGAGUAUGGUAUUGCAGGUCAGUGCCAUUCACUUCGAUGGAGCAUAGUUGCAAUACUAGACACAACCCAUGGACAGGCGUGAUGUUUUUGGAAAAAGUAGCCAUAUUUUUGUAAUUCCUAAAGGGGUACUCUGCCCCUAUAAAUCUUAUCCCCUAUCCAAUUGCAGGGGUCCCGCUGCUGGCGACACCCACGAUCUCCGUGCUGCAUUGGGCAUUCCUUUAGAGCGUCGGGUUAAGUGCCGGAGGCUAGUGAUGGCACAGCUGUGGCCCACUUGUGACGUCAUGGCCACACCCCCUCAAUGCAAUUCUAUUGGAGGGGGCGUGACGGGCAUCAAGCCCCUUCCCAUAGACUUGCAUUGAGGGGACAUGGCCAUGACGUCAUGAGCGGGGUGUGACUGUGAUGUCGCGAGCCUCCGCCCAGCAUCGCCAGUCAUCCGGCACAGAGCGAACUUCGCUUCGUUCACCGGGUGUCUGGGGUGCCGCAGCCGAGACCCCGCCCCCAGCGACAGGACCCCCGUGAUCAGACAUUUUACUCCCUAUCCUUUGGAUAAUGGGUAAGAUGUUUAGGGGCAGAUUACUCCUUUAAGGCCCCCUCAAAUAAAUUAUAUUUGUGCACAAGUUCUCCCCGAAUGACCCAAAACCGAGAGCUGUAAUCCGAUCGGUCGAAAUGAAGACCAGUAGGUAAUUGGUCGACCAUCCCCCCUUUUUUGCCACGUUACUAUGUAAAGAGUCGUCACCCAUUAUUAAAGUUUGCUGGUUGCCAGGCAACAACCAAGUCAAGGUCAACAGUGUUAAACUUGGACGUAACCCGAAUGUUAUCGAUAUUAAAUUACCGAUCUCUUAUUGUAUAAUUGUAAGACGUGUUAUAAGACGGGCGGGGUAAAAAAAAAAAAAAAUCCUUGUAAAAUUCUACAGGUUCACGUAAUGUAAAAAAUCUCUAAGCAAUAUGACUAUUUGUCUUUUUGGGAAAAAAAAAAGAA